CCUCCGCCGCACAUGUGGUAGCCCCUGUACCGGUGUCUCUCGCUCGGAAUUAUUUAGCGCCGCCCGUGUCCCCAGCGCCCGCCCUCGAAUAUGGAACAGGUCAUACAAAUACUCGAGAAAACUACAUCGCCAGAUAAAACUGAGUUGGAAACUGCAUUAAAUUAUCUAGAGCAGGCAGCACAAUCAAAUUUGCCGGAAUAUGUGAAAGUACUGAGUGAUGUAUUGCACCAUGGAGGAAAUUCCACCGUGGCCCGAAUGGCCGCGGGUAUUCAGCUGAAAAACACAUUAGCUUCCAAUGAUCCCAAAGUUAAAGUACAGUAUCAGCAGCGGUGGCUGGCAUUUCCACCAGAUGUCAGGGACUACGUUAAGGCAAAUGUUUUGGGAGCAUUAGGAACAGAGCAAAACCGGCCAAGCUCAGCAGCACAAUGUGUUGCCUACAUUGCAUUGACAGAAAUUCCUGUAGGCCAAUGGCCAAACUUAAUAGACAGAUUGGUGGCAAAUAUUACGGCUCCUGGAGCCACGGAUAUGACUAAAGAGUCAACUUUAGAGGCUAUUGGAUAUAUUUGCCAGGAUAUAGAGCCAGAUGCCAUAGCUUCACAGAGUAACAAUAUCCUCACUGCUAUUGUCCAUGGUAUGAAGCGUGAUGAACCUAAUGACCAUGUUAGACUUGCAGCAACGACAGCACUUCUUAACUCACUUGAAUUUACAAAACAGAACUUCGAAAGGGAUGCUGAAAGACAUUUUAUUAUGCAAGUGGUUUGUGAAGCAACCCAAUCUACCAAUACUCAAAUUAAAGUUGCUGCCCUACAAUGUUUGGUAAAAAUAAUGUCACUAUAUUAUCAGUACAUGGAGCAUUAUAUGGGACCUGCACUUUUUGCAAUCACUCUCGAAGCCAUGAAGAGUGACAUAGAUGAAGUAGCACUACAAGGAAUUGAGUUCUGGUCGAAUGUGUGUGAUGAAGAAGUGGAUCUUGCCAUUGAGGCUUCUGAGGCAGCUGAGCUUGGCCGUCCCCCAGAGAGAACCUCUCGCUUCUAUGCCAAGGGAGCAUUGCAGUAUCUAGUCCCAGUACUGAUGAUGACACUUGGAAAGCAAGAGGAAGCGGAUGAUGAUGAUGAGUGGAACCCCUGCAAAGCAGCUGGGGUGUGUGUGAUGCUUCUUGCGACAUGCACUGAAGAUGAUAUUGUACCCCAUGUCCUGCCUUUCGUAAAGGAGAAUAUUAAGCACACUGACUGGAGACUCCGAGAUGCAGCGAUAAUGGCAUUUGGUUCGAUUUUGGAAGGCCCUGAUCCAACCAACCUUAAACCAAUGGUUGAACAGGCAAUGCCAACCCUGAUUGAGGCUCUUAGUGAUUCGUCUGUAGUGGUGCGAGACACAACAGCUUGGACUCUGGGUCGAGUGUGUGAACUAAUCCCAGAUGCAGCAUGCAAUGACACUUACCUCAAGUUAUUGCUGGAGGCAUUAGUUCACAGCUUGAAGGGAGAACCGAGGGUGGCAUCAAACGUCUGCUGGGCUCUAAGUUCACUAGCAGAAGCUGCUUAUGAACAAGCGGAUACUGGAGAUGUUGAUGGCGAGCCACCAACCUAUUGUCUGUCUGCAUUCUUUGACCCCUUGGUAGAUGUUCUUUUGCAAACUACAGACCGAGCUGAUGGGAACCAGUGUAAUUUAAGAAAUGCUGCAUAUGAGGCCCUCAUGGAACUUAUGAAGAAUUCUCCAAGGGAUUGCUAUCCAACUGUCCAAAAAACUACUAUGAUAAUUCUGGAAAGGCUUCAACAAGUAUUGCACAUGGAGUCACAGAUUCAGUCCCAUAGCGAUAGGGUUCAGGUGAAUGAUAUUCAGUCACUGUUAUGUGCAACUCUCCAGUCAGUUUUAAGGAAAGUAACCCCUGAAGAUGCUCCAAAAAUCAGUGAUCCUAUCAUGGCUGCUCUGCUGCAAAUGUUCCAGACGUCUCAGGGCAAGUCAGGGGGUGUGCAGGAAGAUGCACUCCUUGCUGUUUCCACUCUGGUGGAGGUAUUAGGACACAACUUCUUGAAAUACAUGGAGGCAUUCAAGCCUUUCUUGUCUUUGGGCUUGCGGAAUGUUGAGGACUACCCUGUAUGCUCAGCUGCUGUGGGGGUUACAGGAGACAUCUGUCGUGCUCUGGGUGAUAAAGUAGAGCCCUUCUGCGAUGAACUGAUGUCCAUGUUGGUGGAGAAUCUUGGGAAUAAUAAUGUUCACAGAAAUGUGAAACCAUCCAUACUCUCAGUAUUUGGUGAUAUGGCUUUAGCUCUAGGACCCAAGUUUACCAAAUACUUGGAAGUUGUCCUUCAAAUGCUUCACCAGGCAUCUCAAGCCCAAGUUGAUCGCUCUGACUUUGAUAUGCUGGAUUACCUUAAUGAAUUACGUGAAAGCUGUUUGGAGGCUUAUACUGGUAUUGUUCAGGGUUUAAAAGGCGAUGGGGCAACACCAAACCAGGAAGUACAGCUCCUGCGUCAACAUGUGCCCCACAUGAUCUCUUUUAUCACUUCCGUUGCUACAGAUGAUGAAAAAUCUGAUCCUGUUAUUGCUAGUUCAGCUGGUCUGAUUGGGGACUUGUGUUCUGUGUUUGGAACAGACAUGCUGCAGUUGGUGGAGACUGAUCCUAUCACCAAUCUACUUUCUCAAGGCCGACGCUCCAAGACUUCAAAGACAAAGACCCUUGCAAUGUGGGCAACUAAAGAAAUCCGUCGCUUGAAAAACAACAGCACUUGCCCCUAACUUGGCUUUUCAGAUGAGUGGCGAGUUUAGUCUGUGGUGAGUCGAUGCAGUGAGUCAGAUGCGGUGUGUCUGCAUGGAGUGAGGGAAGAGCGUUGCCCGGCUGUGGUGAGUGGUGACCGUUCAGCGCGUGGGGUGUGUGGUGAGUGAACAGACAAACAUGGACGAUCGCAAGUGCGGCAGUUUGGCCGAAUGUGCGAUGACGACCGGAUGGCCUCGGAAGAGUGUGAAAAUAUCUAAAACUUUUCUUGAAUGACGGGAAUAUCUUCUUUUAUGAGAAUAUCAGAAAAUCAUUUCCAGUGAAUCAUUCCAGCUCCCAGGAAUAGAUCUGCCUCAUUUGCUCUGUAAAGCAUGUAAAACUUUUCCAAAGUGAGUCCUAUUUAUGAACUGUGGUUUUUGAAAGCCAGUCCUUUCAAGUGCCUUUAUGUGGGAAUGAAUGGUGCUGUAGCCAUGAGUCGGGUACCCUACUGGUAACUGAUCCAUCUACUGUAAUAUAAAUACAAGUGGGGAUAGUAUUCCAGGGUGUCUAGUCAAGGGUACAAAGGAUUUUCAACUACUACCACUUCAAUUCUGUUAGUGUUAGCCAAGUUAAUCUAUUCUAUCUGCAGGGCAGCCUUCUGCUUUAUUCCAAUGCAGGUCUUUAUAGAUAUUCUGAGUCCUCUUGAAGAUCCAAUCUACCAAAUAAUCUACCAAUCAGUAACAUUUUUUUUCUAAACUAUUGAAAAACAUACUUAAAGUAGUUAAGAUCAAUUUGGGAUAAUGCAGAUAAUCUUUUCCUGUCAUUAUACAUCCUCAGUUAGUCUCCUAGUUCUUCGGUGACAGCACAUGUGUGUUUAGGGCACUAGAAUGGGAUGCGGCUCUAAUUGUUCUUUAGUGGCAUUUUGAGGCACAUUAAAACUGAAAUCAUGAACAUGAGUACCACCUAAAUAUUUCAAACAGUAUUUCAAAUGGUUAUGCUCAAUUUUUUUUUUCUGAUUUGUUUUCCUUUUUUGUUUUGCAUGUUAAAUUUAAAUAAAAAGAGGUUAUUAUUCCCUGUCAGGUUCUCUUGAAUGAAGUAUAAAUUGUGUGUUGCUGUUUGCAAGCAAUAGUGAGUUGGAUAGUAAUGGUAUCAGCUGAAGAUUAUUGACUGGCUAAUAUUUUCCCCCAUGUACACAAGUGAGCCAUGUCAAAUCCCUCUUAGUUUGUGAUUGCUAAUGUUGCAUUUUGCAGUGUAAGCCCUAAAUGUGCAAUGUGAGAACUGAGGUGUGUCUGCAAGUUGUUGGAAGAGAGGACUUAAACCCAGUACAAUUUAGCUUUGAUUUUGCGUGAAUGAAUCUUAAUGUAUAUGGGUUAAAUCUUUCUUCCACUUACUUGUGGAAACUUAGUUGAUACCAACAACCCACCUAAGUGACUGAACUGGUACAGUGGUAGAAGAUAAUUUGCAAUUCAAUAGAUAAUGGUUUCAAAUCUUGAGGACAAUGUUACAAAGCUUCAUUUUCCAAGUACAUAAGUUUCCUUAUUUAAAGAGGUUGGGUAGUAUGGUUAAGUUUUAACACUGUGCUCAAGUUAGAGGAUUUCUAAAGAUGCCAAAAAUGGUACCAUGGAAGGAGCAAAUCUGCUGCAGUCCUGUGACUGGUGAAUGCUUGACUGUGAUAAAGAGGCCCUGUGUGAUGUGGCGCUGAGUAAGUGUGUGGUGCAAGAUGCUGUGCAGUCCAGUAGUGUUAUGAAAGUAAAGUGAAAUGGACUGAAUGUUAACUUUCACACCACACUUCUUAUACAACAACUGCAAAAUUCCUGAGGAAGAUGACUAAGAGUACUGGAGUGUGGAUAAGUUUACACACUUGGACUAUACAUGAACAAUAGGCGCGCAUCCGGUGCUUUCUUCCUUGCCAUGUUAGCACAUUUCCCGCAUGUUAGCAACCUGGGAAGUUGAGGUCUUUGAUCUUGCACCAUUCUUCCUGGGUCUGGCAUGCUGACAUCCCCAGUGACGUGACUCAAGUGACUGAGGGUGCGAGUGCAAAUUUGUUCGUUCUUGAAGGACGUGUGACUGUGAUACUGUGUUCCUCUAGUGCAAAUGAUACUGUGUGAGUGUGUACAUUCCACCAGAUGGUGUAGUAUUAGUGUACAGAAACAACACAAAGUUGAACUAAUGAACCUGCAACAAAAGUUCAUGGUUUAGCUCAUGUAGAAAUGUAACUUGUUAUUGCCUCCAAAUAGACAGAGCUUUGUGUCUGAAACUUCUUCACUAAAGUUAUUCAUGACAUACAUGAUGUAAUUUCAGUAAGUGUGGAUAAACCUAGUGUAUAUUUUUUCACAACCCGUUGAUAUUCAAUCUGUUUCAUUUAUAAUUUGAUUACUUCUUUUGGUACUUUAAGGCUAAUAAUUUUCCUUUAAUAAACCCUGUACUAUAUUUACAAAUGGAAACCUUUGAAUAAAUAAGUUUGUGAGAAA